GUGCAUUAGAAAGACUACACUUAAACUCUUUUGUCCACCCGUGUCUACAGGCGUCGCUUUGGUAUAUUUCAGCAAUAUGCUAUGAAUUUGGAGAAAUCAGAUCAAAAAAUCAUAUAAAACGUGGAUAUUCUGACGGUAUUGGGUAUCUAAACACAGCUGAUAAAUUUCAGCUAGUUUAUAUGGAAGGAUCGAAGCCAAACACUAAUGAUGGCAAAGAAAUUUCAAAUGCCUCAAAAAUAUCCUACAAUCUUCAAAACAUUUUUAUAAAUAUAAUAAAAGAUAACAUAAAAUGUAGACGACGAUUUCCCAAAAUGCUUGCUGUUUUUGGUGGGCAAAGUUUCCGCCUUAGAAUUCACCUACAAUUUUUAAACUAUUGUGAAGGAAAGUUCUUUCUGAAUGAAGUGGAUAAUACGAACCUCCCACGUGACUUCACUGAGAUGGUGGACUUUGUAUUCUUUUAUGAAUGUGUGAUAAAGUGGGCUUUACUGGCUCAGGAAGUAAAGGAAGGUUUCGAAGAAUCAAGAUCUCAACAAAGGCCUUCGAGACUCUCAUACAUUAAUAGCCUGAAUGUAGCGAAUACUCUAUAG